UUUCCCAUCUUUUACUACGACAUGCGAUUUUGUGCCACUGUUCUUUCUUGUAAUAACUGGCCCGCGCGCAGAACUUUGGGAAACACUUUUCUUUUCUCCAAGUCCUUCCCAGCAACAAUCGCUGACAUUUAAGGAUUCUGUCUUCGGCGCCAACAUACUAGACAACAGUCUCCCCAUGUAUUUUUCUCCUGCUCAGGAAGAUUCACCUCAUCUAUCUGACAUCGAUCAUGCUGAGUAUUCAAGUAUGACAUAUAAAACACAUCCUUCAAAGGGACAAGAAUAUCCCUUUGUUGAUGGUACAAUAUUCCCGCAUUCUCUUUCUCUAGAACGAACGGACGACCAAAACAAGUCAUUAUUGCUAUCUGCGUUAGGUCAGGACCGAUACACAGAUCUUGUCAGUAAUGUAUCAAAUCAUCCUGCAUGGGACUCAGUAUUCGGUCAAAGCACAUAUACCAGCGAUAAUUCCUCAGCCCCUUUUCUCAGCAAAAAUCACUACAAUGUAUCCGCAGCAACCAUGACAACUACCGCUCCGCCAAGAGGCGCCUCAUCCACACAUCCUAUGAUACCUUGUACAACGUCCGCGAAUAAAAUAACGAAUAGUCGACUCGUUACAGAAUCAUAUGAAGACGAUUAUGCCACUCAAGCCAAUCUACAGCUUAUUAUGGAAAAACGUCGACGGCGAAGAGAAUCGCACAAUGCAGUGGAAAGACGUCGUCGGGAUAACAUCAACGAACGCAUCCAAGAACUCGGGACAUUGUUACUUGAUAAUAUAAACAACAGCGUCAUCAAAUUGAAUAAGGGCGCCAUUUUGCGCAAAAGUGUGGAACAGAUGAGAAGUCUGCAAGAGAAACUCGCCGAAUAUCAACAGCGUGUACAUGAACUCGAAACUUAUCUGCAUCAAAUUAAGAGACAUCGAAACUGACAAAACGUGUCUUUAUGUUAUUAAUAUCUAUGCUUGAUGACAAACUGUUUUCCUUCUCUCUCAUUUUUGUUCUCCAAACUUUCAUCUUUUUUAUUUUAUGGUGUGCUUAUCCCUUUAUAUGUAAAUUUUCCGUUCUCCUGCUACACUCUCCUUCCCAUUGUAAUUUAAUUUCUUGUAUGUAAUCUUAUGUUUUAACCGUUUUAGCUUUGACUCAAAAAUAAAUAAAUUGGAAGAUAAAUAAAGACACAAACGAAAAGAAGUCAG